AGGCUGCAAAACUCUCAAGUAUAAAAGAGCGUCGCGACAAACCGUCUUCACUCCAACACAAGCCAUCGCCACAAAAUCAGCUGAUCUCGAUUCUAGGAUGAUCUACCAAGUAAUUGUAGUUCUGGUGGCCUUUGCCGUGUCACAGGGCCAUCCAAGCAACUAUGGUGGAGGAGGACCUGUUUAUGCCUCUGGACCUAUCCCCUACAAUUUCAACUACGCCGUGAACGACGCCUACUCGGGAACCAACUUCGGUCAGAACGAGAAGUCCGACGGCAGCAACGUGUGGGGAUCCUACACCGUCGCCCUUCCCGACGGACGCAAGCAACAAGUUGACUACACCGCUGACCACGGCAGGGGAUUCGUGGCCAAGGUCAGCUACUCCGGCAAGGCUCAGCAUCCUCAAGUCUACGGUCCGGCCAUCACCUUCCCACAGAACGGCGGAGGAUAUCACUAAACACCUUUUGGCAUUUGCCUUUUAAACCCCUGUACUUUUAUAUAUUCGAUAACACAAAUCUGCACGCAUAUAACAUGCAGAGGAAAUAAAUGUAUAUAACUACAAUAGUUCCAUUUUCCUAUUCCCCGAAUUUUUCUCCCAAAAAGGAGAACGAAUCGUGACGUUUCAAAUCCAAUUAGGAAACCUCUUCAAGCGACCUAAAAAUAUGUUCUUGUCUUUCACACGCAUUACU